CACCGUCGGACCGAUGCUGGCGUGAGGAAAGCUUCCUGUUUUGAAGGGAGUCUGCUCUGAGUGACUUUCCUCUCUUUUAAAAGUAAUUUCGCUAAGACAUUUAUUUAUAAUUUAGCAGGUCAAGAAGUGAUACAUUUGGAGCUAAUCUAGGAUCGCCGAGGCAGAGCCAUGCCUUUCCUCCAUGGAUUUCGCAGGAUAAUUUAUGAGUAUCAGCCGCUGGUAGAUGCUGUCAUGUGUGUUAUUGGACUGGAAGAACGAGAUGACAUUGGCGAGGAAAGGAGUUCUGAGGAAGAAUCCGCAAUUUCUAGGUCUCUGGUGGAGCUUCUGGAGCAAGAAUCCCAGUCAGAGGUGUUUGUGGAGGGGAUCAGCUAUGCCCUGUUCAAAAUGGCAGAGCGGGGUCUGGUGCAGCCAGCAAAAAUCCUCCUACGCUACGGAGCUGAUCUCAACUUUGAAGACCCAGUUUCAUACUACAAUCCACUACACAUAGCAGUUUUGAGGAACAGGCCAAACAUGGUGAAGCUGCUGGCCGGGCAGGGAGCAGACAUUGAAAAGAGGGACAGAAUCCAUGAGAGCAGUCCCUUGGACCUUGCCAGUGAGGAGUCAGAGAGACUGCCCUGCCUGCUCGCCUUGCUGGACCUGGGUGCUGAUGUGAAUGCAAGGGAUAAACACGGGAAAACACCUUUGCUCCAUGCCUUGGCGAGCAGCGAUGGAAUCACCGUGCACAACACGGAGAACAUCCAGCUGCUACUUGAGAGAGGUGCUGACGUUCGUGCUGCGACUGUAGACGGUGAAACAGUCGAGUCGUCGUUGGUGUUUCUGGUGAAGGAGGCGCUGGAGGCUUCGGUGGAGGAUGCUGCUCAGAUUGGUAACUUCUGCCUGAAAACCACACAGCUACUGCUGGCUCACGGCGUGGACCCCAGCUGCUGUCUGAAUGAGGAUGGCGAGCCCUCCCUGACGCAGACGAGCCUGGAGUACUUUGACCUGCUCUUCCCCUUGGCUGUGCUCUUAAUUCAGAGCGGCGCGUCUUUGGUUUGCUCCAAUCACAGUGACUCCUGUUGGUCAGGUUAUAGCCUUCUUUUCCAGAGGCUCCAAACAGCCCUGCAGCAGUGCUCUGAUCAAACUCACGCAGCCGAGCUCUUGGAGCAGGCAGAGAUGUUGCUCGACCUGGUAAAGGUUCACAACCCCACGCUGCAUCUCUCUUGCGGGCUGCAGCUCCCCAUGCCUGGUCAGGAGUCUCACCUGUACGCUCAGGCUCUACUAAACCUGCACAAGCACGUAGCAGAGCGUGAAGCAAGCCCCCCUGCUCUGCGAUGCCUCUGUAGGGCAUUUAUAAGGAACCGCCUGAAGCCCUGGCCACUGGAAGACAGAGUCAAAGCCUUACCACUACCAGACAGACUCAAAUACUUUCUUCUUCCCGAGCACACGUACACUCCAAAGUCUGGCUGGGACUGCUUCAAGCCCCAGCAGAGCCAGCGCUGACGGUAUAAACUGCUUACUACUAUUUGUGUUGCUUAAAAUCUGAAGUGAAAGACUGAACAAACUCUGUAAUAAUUUGUGUAAAAUAUUUGAGGAUGUGAUAAGUGAAGCGAAGUCUAACAUAUCAUUGAGGCCUUUGUUUAAUUUCCAAAUCUGUGUUGCCUGUGCCAAAUUUACAGACAAAAUUGUGUAUAUGUUUACUUUACAAAUACAACAUUGUAAGUACAGAUUAGUCUUUGAGUUGUCACUGCCACGGUGAAAUGCUGUAGAGGUGAAACAUAUAGACACGUUUAUUUAAAAAAAAAAAAAAAAAAAAAAAAAAAAAAUGCAGCACAAUAUGAAAGCCACCAGAUGGCAGUGUUGCUCCUGCAUUUUCAAAGGUAGCUCAGACUUUGGAAGACUUAACUAUUCACAGUGCAACCUAUUGAAGUUGUUCCCGCACAGUAGGGUCCAUCUAUAUUUUAGAUCCUCAACGUGACAGUGAUAUACUGUAGAAUUUGUGUAACUUCAAGCUUAAUAUGAAGAUCUAAUGACAACAAUAAUAACAAUUAAAAAAAAAACUUCCACCAGCUGUGACCUCAUUGCUUUGUGUAGCAGUUUUUGUUUUGCGUUUGUUUACACGUUAGUGCUUAUAAUUUCCCAGGUAGUGGCAGUGCAGUGCUGAAUGUGACUGACAGUGUACCGGUAAAUAACAGGAUAAUUGGUGGUACACGUUUUCCUCAUGGAUGCGCUCAAACCGCAAGCAUCAUUCGAGUGGUUGCUAAAAUAAGGCACAGCAGAAGGAGCGCGCCCCUAGACGUGUAUGUGACAUAAUGUAGCUUUGGUGGCUGCUGAGGUGGAAAGUUUUACCUGGCUUUUUUUUUUGUUGUUGUUGUUGUUGUUGUUUUUUAAUGCUUAUGGUUAAAUUCUGAUGAUUUGAGGGCCCAGUAUACUCCCCUUUACACUCUCGCACUUGUGCUAAACCCGUUCUUUCCACCCAUGGCUUUGGUAACAGGCAAACAGUCUGUAAAGAAGCAAGCGAUGAUGGUACAGGGAACCGUUGCUUACAUAUGUGUAUGCAUCCAUGCGUGUGUGUGAGUAGCAAACUAAAUAGGACAUUGUGUUAUACAACUAACCCCUUCCUGACAUUGCUGAAGCUGGAGUGGCUCCAAGGCUUGCAGGCGCUCCAGCUCCUCUUGGUUAUCUAGGUCACAGCCUCUGAGGAGAAGAGCCGCAGCAGCAGCAGCAGCCCUGCAUGACACACGCUUCACUCUCCUGUCUGUCUGAAUCUCCCUGCACACUCUUGACAAAACCUCAACACUGGCCCUGGUCGAAUGAGGGGAAGAGUGGGAGGGAGAUGCAGGAGGCAGAACAGUGGAGGGAAAAAAAAAAGACAUUAAAGAUACAGAGACGCCAUAUGUGGAAUGGUUGUGAGAGCGGUCGUCAUGGAGGACACAUGGAAAUGGUAAUAUUGGGCUGAAUUUACACUAUACACUGGCAGCAGGAACAUAAUCCACCCGACCAAAAAUGACAACAGUGGGGGGAGUUUAAAAAAGAAAAAGGAACAGGCUUCUUCCAUAGAGUCCAAUCCUUUUGCUUGUAGAAGGUGAUAGAAUAGAGAUAGUAGGGGGCGGGGAGGGAGAGGGCUAAGGCAGCAUUCUCCAUCCAGCAUUUAUUGGAAAACGGUGCGAGUGAAGCUCUGUACUGAAAUUAGUUAUUGAUCUAUUCUCUCCCUGAAGCCCAUGGGUCUUUCCCCACCACACCUGCUCAUUCUCUCAUAGCCUUCUUUCACCACGGCUCAUUAUAUCCUUCAACCUCUGCUGCGAACUGCUGCGUGUUUUUGCUUGUUUUGUAGUUCCUUUAUUCACUUCAGACCACUCUGUCUGAGAGACAAGAGCUUCCAAAACAAUUCUACAGAGUUCAAUAUCAGAACGGAUUUAUGAGGGGCAGGUGCCAUUAGAGCUGCAUGUUUUAUAAAUGAAAAA